GUUGAACUCGUACGUAACAUCUGUUAUUCUGAUAUUUUGUAGAUAUUAGGAUUCUCAGUGAAGCUCCGUCCUUGCCAAUAUAAAAUGAAAUUGAAAACAUAAGUAACGUUUUCCGCUUCUUUGAAUAUUCGGAAAUUUGCAACAAGUUAUUAUUUGGUUAUGAAAAAUAAUGGAUAUAAAUGUAUAUUUCCCUUAAAUAACCGACAUGAAGGGGAAAAAUCGACAUUUUCCCUUCAUUUACGCUCUCGUCCGCUACAUGUUUGCUCUGUUUGUUUUUAUUUUUAUGCUUUGCGUGGGAAGAUCCCAAAGCACCUCUGGGUUUUUGCUAGGAAAUUGUUUCAUUCGGUAGUCAGUUAUAAUGAUAAUUACAUGAAAGCCCUUAAUAUUAAAGCUCACAAGCCUUUGUCUGUCAAUUAGAAAGCGGAUUCUCGCUGGUCAGUAUAAUAAUAUGUUUGACUCCAUUUUGAUGUUUAGAAAAUCGACUAGCGUAAAAGUCUUCCACAGAAAAGAUUAAAACGCAGCUGGUAUAUUACAGGAUGAACAGAGGUUUACGACAGUUUUAUGGGUCUUAUUUUGACUCGGUAAGAUUUUUCUACUCGUAGUUUUUGAUAUGAGCCUCAUUAGGAAGCAGAUGUGAUAAUCAGUGUGUUGCUAUCACGAACUCCAUAACCAGUUCUUUAUACUUAAUGAUUCCCGCUUUUUAUUGUCUUUAAUUUUUCUAGACACCUGCUCAAUUUACGCGUUAAAAACUAGUGUGAAGACAGUGAAACACCUUUGUUCCUCAAGAUGUUUUGCGAAUUAUGUAGAGUUGAGUUUUCAUCAUCGAAUAAAAAGAAAUCCUGCAAAAUAUGUGGCUCAGUACAAUGUUCGAGUUGUUUGAGGUUUAAGCUUAAAAAAAUCAAGCCAAUAUGUUUGGAUUGUUAUUAUGAUAAAAAAAGUGUGAAUGACCCUGAAGAACAACUUUGUUCAUUCGCUUCUUCAAGUCGUGCAUUUAUUGUAGCAUCAAAUCUAAAACCUAAUAAAACUAAUCAUGAAAUUCGCUCACGCAAUGAUCCGAAGACUGAUGAACUUAUUAAGAGGUUUGAGAACCUUAAGAAGAAUCAAGUCAAAGCAGAAGAUGUUUCUCUUUUAGAAUAUCGAUUUCGACAGCUCAAAGGACUGACUGAAGAAAAACCUGCUUCUUCUGAAAACUCUUCAUUGUCAAAUGCCGAUCAAGUUUCUAAACUUGCGGAACGGUACAUUGAAGAAGCACGGAUUGAUGCAAAGUGUAGCGUUGAUUUUGGUCUGGAUGAUGAUCCUACUGAAGCAGAAAAUUUUCCUUCCUGCUAUAUGUGUGAAGGAGUUGCUGAAUUUUCGUGCAGAGAAUGUGACGAUAAUUUUUGCCAACGGUGUUUCAAUAAAACGCACAAUAAACGAGAGAAAUUCGAACAUCAAACUGGGAUCUGCAAAUAAACUCUAUUAUGAUUGUUCGUCAUUGUUUUCUUUUAAGAUGAAAUAUAUUAUUAUUAUUAUCACUAUUAUUACUCAUUACUUUACGUCAUGUAGAUACUUGAUUUGAUUUCAAACACUGGUACUUCUCUUUCUCUUCUACUCUCC